UUUUGAUUGAGUCGCUAGGCAUACGUCAUCACUGUGCGGCUCCUUUAGCUUAUUGCUAUCAGCUGUCACGAUGGCAUUGUCCCCAUUAAAGAAAAAGGAGGAUGAGAAGUCCAAAGAAAAGAGCAAAGAAAAACCUGCACCCACUAAAGGUGGUGUAGAUAAAGACCGUGGCAGAGACAAGAACCGGGCAAGACGCAGCGCUUCUAGUAGCAGUUCUAGUUCAAGCAGCAGCUCAGGUUCCAGCUCCAGCUCCUCUAGUGGCUCCAGCUCUUCAGGAUCAAGCCACUCGGGCUCCUCCAGCUCCCGUUCUUCCUCGUCUUCUUCAUCUUCAUCACCCAGCCCCAGCAGGCAGCGUCACAACAACCGACGUCGAUCGCGUUCCAAGUCCAAAUCACUGAAGAAAGAUGAAAAGGAACGAGACAGGCGAAGGAGAAGUCCAACCCCGAAACCAACAAAGGUCUACCUGAGUCGCCUCACCAGAAACGUCAUCAAGGAACACAUUCAAGAGAUCUUCUCCAGCUACGGCAAGAUCAAGACAAUCGAGAUGCCCAUCAACCGUACCCACCCACACCUUGCCAGGGGUUGUGCCUAUGUGGAGUUCGAGACGUCUGAUGAAGCGGAGAAGGCGCUCAAACACAUGGAUGGAGGUCAGAUUGAUGGCCAGGAGAUCACAGUCACAGCAGUACUGACCCCAAUAAUACGCCCCCCUCCUCGUCGGCUUUCUCCUCCUCCUCGUCGGAUGCCUCCUCCACCUCCGCUAUGGCGCCGUACUCAACCUCGAAUGAGAAGGAGGUCCCGAUCUCCCCGGCGUCGCUCACCUGUCCGCCGCAGGUCUCGAUCACCAGGUCGCCGUCGCCACAGAUCACGUUCCAGUUCCAACUCCUCCCGCUAGACUGUCAUCUUUCAAUUUCUUCUUUGAUGUUUUCCUUCCUUUCCUUUGUACUAAGAGAAAAGUUUGUUGUCUAACUCUCACAAUGACGCCGAUUUUUAAGGUCUGUUCCUUUAAAGCAUGUCUUUUUAGUUAAAGGCACAAUAACGUGGAUUCCUUUAAAAUGGUUUUAAAUUCAUGAACACAUUAUGAAUCAAUCAUUCAUUUCAGCAUGGAUUUCAUUUUGCAUGGACUGCAUAUACCUUUGUUUUCAAUCCAGCCGUCUUGAUCAUGUUGUGAUAUAGAUACUGCUUGAAUGCAAAUUUUCUUAUUCAGAACUAGUGCUGUUGUUAUUGCAUCUGACUUUUCUUUAUUUAGACGAAUCCAGAAUCAAAAAGGGUCAUUUACAAGUACUGGUUAAAUCGUGUGACUUUUUAUUGUGUGCUAAUAUAAGGAUUCCAAGGUAUUAAUUUGGAUCAGAAACAGCAAGUAUGGACUGAAGUUUGUGACCCAGGUCCCUUUAUGAAGCAAGAAAUGAAGUAGGUCUACAGAAAUAAAAUAAAAAUAAAUAAUUAAAAUAUCAACAUUAAGAUGAUAAUUUAUUAUAGAGUGCUAGUAAUAAUAAUACAUUUUAUUAUUAUAAAAAUGCACAGAGAAUAAUUCCAAAUUCCUAAUUGUUCCUUUGUCGGAUGGUCCUGCUCUGGAUGCUUUACGUCCUUGUCCUAGAAAGGAGAAGUAAGUGGGCGGGGUCCUUCACAAUGCAGCUGAUUACAAGAGGAGAGUUCCACGCCAAUGGUGUGGUGUUGCUGUACAAGUGUGUGGGAUUCAGCUGACGUACAGACUUAAAAGUACGAUAUAAGUUAAGCAAAUAGCAAAUUUUCCCGUUACAUUCUCAGUGAGGUUUCGUCUUCUCUAUGUUGGGAAAUGAGAUGAAAAACAAAAUAAAAGGUCAUGCAUUGAAGAGUGAACAGCUAGACAAUGUUUUGUCUUUGCCGCCAUUUGUAUCGCAGCUAACUAAUAAAAUAAUUAUUUGAUCUCUGUAAAUGAAUAAGACAUUUCUGUUGUGAUUGCAACAUGUUGCACAAUACUUAAUAAAUCAAUAAUGCUAAUUCACAUUA